UUUCUCCACCUGGGAGCUGAAGGGCCUCAGAAACAUAGCUCAGUCAAACACCGCUGAGCUCGUGGACUUACUGGGAUCACAUUGAGUUGUUGUUAUUGUUAUUCAUUUGAUUUAUUUCAUGGCUUCCCCCUUGAGAGCGGGCUUCCACAGAUUGGAGGUUCAAAAAACCUCAUGGGAAAUUCCGGACCGAUACACAGCAUUAAAUCCUGUAGGCUCUGGGGCAUAUGGGACAGUAUGCUCCGCUAUUGACCAGAAAACAAAGGAGAAGGUGGCCAUUAAAAAGCUAUAUCGACCGUUCCAGUCUCUGAUCCAUGCGAAGCGGGCCUACAGAGAACUUCGACUGUUACGCCACAUCCAACAUGACAAUGUGAUCUGCCUUCUGGAUGUUUUCACUCCUGACUCCUCACUGGACAAAUUCCAGACUUUCUAUUUGGUAAUGCCAUUUGUGGCUCAGGAUCUUGGCCACAUAAUGAAGAGGAGGAGGCUCACUGAAAAAGUCAUUGUCUAUUUGUUCUACCAGUUACUCAGAGGGCUAAAGUACAUACAUUCCGCUGGGAUCAUUCAUCGGGAUCUGAAGCCAAACAACCUUGCUGUUGAUGAAAACUGUGAGUUAAAGAUAUUGGACUUUGGAUUGGCGAGACAUGCAGAGAUGGAGAUGACUGGCUAUGUUGUGACACGGUGGUACAGAGCCCCUGAAGUCAUUUUCAACUGGAUGCAUUAUACUCAGACAGUUGACAUAUGGUCUGCUGGUUGCAUCCUGGCUGAGAUGAUCACCGGUGAGGUGCUUUUCCCAGGAAAUGACAGUAUGGACCAGCUGAACAUGAUCCUCCGUCUGACGGGAACACCACACUCAUCACUGGUGCAGAAAAUGCAGAGCAAAGAUGCAAGGUCAUAUGUACAGUCUCUGCCAGUCCAGAAAAAGAAAGUUCUCAGAGAUGUCUUCCCAUCCAUGGAUUCCAAAGCUGUGAAUCUGCUUGAGAAGACUCUGAUGUUGGACCCAGAAGUCAGACUGACAGCUAAAGACGGACUGACUCACCCCUACCUCUCGGACUUUCACGACCCAGAAAACGAACCGGAGUCUCCCUCUUAUGACGACUCGUUUGAGAGCCUGGAGCUGGCUGUUAGCGAGUGGAAGAGUCUUAUACACAUGGAGAUAAUGACCUUUGACCCUGACAAUCCUAGACAGACCGCAAUAUAAUACCUCAUCAGACCUGGGAAUAUGUUGAAAUAAAAAGUUACUAACGAUUAAGCUACAUGACUGUUAUCCAACACACCAGCAGUGAGGGAAAGUGAGUGUAUUUAAGUAGCAAUCUUGGAAGGUUAUAGUUCUUCUGUUUUCAUCUCAGUAUACACUGUAAAAUUGUGAUCCAUGAAUACCACUUUUUACUCAGUUGUUUUCCAAAUAUUUGUAGUUACAUUUCAGAAAAAAAUGAAUCACUGCAUAUUCAGUGAAAGGAAAAUAUGUUUUUGUACUCUAAAGAAGCUAUGAAUAUUCAGUUGGUGGACAUUUUUUGCCAUACAUGCGCACUCUGUAUGUAUAAAUUUACUGAUGUAGAAACAUCUGUUGUUAUGCACACUUUUUCAGCCAUUUUAUUAGACACAUUUUGUGACACAUAAACUGGUCAACAUUGCAGCUGUACAAUUUAUUAAAGCCAUCUUUGACACCCUCUAACAAUUUGGGGAGGAUUUUAUACAGAACAGAACAUUGUAAAUGAGGCAAGGGUGCUGACAUGGGUUAAAUACUGGGUUCUAAAAAAUUUAUACAAUAAAAACAAACAAUUAAACAACACCUCCCACUGUCUUUUAAUAAGCACACUCACUAACACUGUACUCAGAUUGGGCACUCUCGCAAUGAUAGGGUUUAAACACAAUAGGUGUUGAUAUAGAAAUGGGAAUUAUAGCUGAUUAUUUUAACUGUCUAUGGACUAUUGUUUGGGUUGUUUUUGCACUGGGUUGGGGGAUGGGGGAAUGACCCAAGACCCCCCCCCCCCCAACACACACACACACACAUGAGACAGCACCUAUUAAAUGACAUAUUUUGCAUUACACAAAUAUUGUAAAUAUGUUUCCAUUUCAGUGCUUUCGCACUAGCAAAUAAAUAGUCUGUGGUCCAGUAAGGGGCAGCAGUUUGUUGUGGGAAGAGAAUAGCAGAUAAUCAGGUUGGUCCUUUGUGAUGUCCUAUACAUUUACUGUCACUGUUAGAAAAACUCAGACAAGCCUGGCAUGAUGCAUUGUUGCAUUGCUAAAAUUAAACAUCCCUUUGAUUAUAAGCAAAAUUCCCAAGUAUAUUUCAGUGCCAUGAUUGAAAAAAAAUAUGCUCCAGCAAAACCAGCCUUGUAAAUUUUCUAUAAAAAAUUUUCAUUAUUGAGAGUUUUAUUUCCAAAAAGAGACAAACAGAUGAUUGUUUUUCAGCACAACGUUUCUUUAGGCAUUAAACCAUUGCCUCUAGCAGCUCUUUAAGGUUGUAGGGUCCCUUGGGAACUCCUUUGAAUGGCACUUGGCUGAUGUUGAUCUGUUUGCCAAACAACUGUUUUAUUCAAAGUAGAUAUUUAUAAUAUAGCUGACAGGCAUUACA